AUGGCUGCAAAAAAACGUCAUGAAGAAGAGGAGUCAGCGAAGAUCUUGGAGUACGAGCAGAAGCGUCGUGCCGAGAAGGAGCAGAUCGAGCAGGAGCUUCGAGAGUUGAAGGAGAAGCAAGAGCAGAGACGUCAGAUGCGCAUCGAGGAGGAACGCGAAUUCGAGGAACGCCGCCGACAGAAUGAGGAGAAACGACGUGUCGAAGAGGAGGCCAGCAAGGCGCGAAUUGAGGCC